AUGGUGUCGUUCGACUCGGUGGAGAAGGAGAAUCAUGGCAAUGAUGUUCACCAUGAAGCUGAACUUUUGGAGAAUGGCAGAGAAACCAAGAUUCAGAUGAAACAGAGAUUGUCACUUUUUAAUGGAUGCACUAUCAUUGUUGGUGUUAUUGUCGGUUCUGGAAUUUUUGUUAGUCCCAGAGGUAUGUCAUUUUCUGUUUUUUCAUUUAAUUUUAGGUAGCUAUUAAUUGGAAUAGUUGGUAAUAUUAAUUUUAAUAGGUAACAAACUAGCAAUGUUGCAUCAGAAACUAGAAAAUAACUAUAGGAUUUUUAAAUUUAGGUUGUUACUGGUAUAGGAUAGGCUAAAGGUAACGUUUUUAGGUAAUAGAUUCUAAAAUUUUUGGAUGAAAAAAGGUUGCGGAACAAAAAUUCCACAUUCUAGGUAAUAAAAUUUGGGAUUUUAGGAGUAAUUGAGCAAACUGGAAGUGCCUUCUUGUCAUUGAUAAUAUGGAUGUUCUGUGGCAUCUUCUCCUUGUUUGGUGCUCUUUGUUAUGCAGAAUUAGGUACCACAAUACCGAAAAGUGGUGGUGAUUACACCUACAUUCAUGAGGCUUUUGGCAAAGUGCCAGCUUUCAUUUUUUUGUGGAUGGCGCUGAUUAUUGUGAAUCCAUCGUCGAUCGCGAUCAUGGCUCUGACCUUUUCAACUUAUACUCUGCAACCGUUCUACCCGGAUUGCACCGUGCCUCAGAUUCCGACUAUUUUGUUGUCAGCCUUCAUGAUUAGUAUGUUUUGGUUAUUUUUUACAAUUUAACGUUCGAUUACGGGAUUAACUAACAUAAACGAAUGUUUCAGUCACAUUGACAUUUAUUAACUGUUACAACGUCAAAUGGUCGACCAAAACUCAGGAUAUCUCAAGUGUAACAAAGAUCGCGGCUUUGUUGUUGAUUGUUUUUGCUGGCGUGUACCAUUUCUUUAUGAGUAGGUAUCUUUACUUUUAAAAGCUUAUAAUUGCUACUUUCUGAUGGCGUUGGAUGUUAUGAUUUUAUGUUUUUCAGAUGAAAAUCACUUUAAUUGGGAAUCGCUAAACGCUGGACACAACUUUAAUGUAGUGUCAUUGUCACUGGCCUUUUAUCAAGGUGUGUUCAGUUUUUCGGGCUACAAUUACCUAAACUUUGUGACUGAAGAGAUUAAAAAUCCCAACAAGUAGGUUUAUAUUUAUUCCCUAACGUAAAAAUAUUUUUAUUUUGUGUUUUAUUUAUUUUACGGUAAAGCGUUGGUUUUAUCUUUUAACGUAUUACUGGUUUUAUCUUUUAACGUUUAGGAACCUCCCUCGAUCAAUUUACCUGUCGAUUCCGGUCGUUACAGUAAUCUACCUGUUGGUCAACAUGGCCUACUUUGUGGCUCUGACCCCUCAGGAAGUGUUGUUAUCUCCAGCCGUCGCGGUAACCUUUGCCAACCGUGUUAUGGGAUUGUUGUCACCAAUAAUGCCGUUCUUUGUGGCCAUAAGUUGCAUUGGAUCAGUGAAUGGCAUCAUCCUGACAUCUUCCAGAAUGUUCUUUGCUGGAGCCAGAGAUGGUCAACUUCCUGAACUUUUGGCCAUGAUUCACGUCAAACUCUUGACGCCGAUUCCGUCAUUGAUUGCCCUCUGCCUUCUGAGUUUGGUGAACAUCUUUGUAUCCGAAUUGAGAGACCUGAUCAACUACCUUUCUUUUGCCGAGACCUCGGUCGUGUUCAUGUCUGUAGCUGCUCUUUUGAAACUCAGAAUCUGCGAACCCAACCUUCCACGACCAAUUAAGUUCAAUCUGUUGGUGCCGAUAACCUUCAUAAUGAUCUGUUUGUUUGUUCUGAUCACACCAUUUGUCAGAAGUCCGGUUGAAUUGGUUGCCGCUGCCGUUAUUAUCUGCUCAGGAGUGCCAGUUUACCUUGCCUUCGUUCAUGUUCAAGACAAACCAACUUUUCUUUACAAACCUUGGAGUAAGUACUGUAUUUUGCAUUAUUUUUGUGGAUUUUCGAAGUUGUUUGACUUUCAAUUAAAGGCAGGAAUUAUAUAAUGCAUUAGUUGUAUCCACUAACGGACUUUAUUUCAGUUGCGUUUACUCAUUUCAUCCAGAAGCUGCUACUCUGCGUGAGUGAAGAUGAAAGUACAGAAGAAUAGAAAGCUUUAUAAAUACGUUUCAUUGUUGGCCAUAUCUUGUUAUUGUUUAUGUUUAUGGGUAAUAAAUUGUUCUUGUGCUUGUUAAUAAUGCAAUUAAUUAGCAGGAUUAAUGUUAUUUAUUUAUUUUUGAUGUUAUUUUAACUUCAGGUAAAACUUGAUGCCGGAUUUUUAUUUUAUCGUACAAAAUUGGCACGCAGCUGGCGGCGUUUCGGGCGCAGCUGUUUCAAGGAUAAAUUAAUUCUUUUUAAUUUUAUUUUCCAAACUUUUUCUUAGCUAAUCAACAUACCGUUUUUAUCGUAUGUGUGUUUUAAGGUUGUUUACAAACAAAACGUGUUUUUAGAUCAUGUAUUUUACAGGAUUUUCAUAAAUUAUCUUUUCAGUUAUAUUGUUAAAAAUGGCAGACAAUGGAGAAGACGGUGUUGACAACAAGAGCAUCGACAAACACAACUGGGGAGCAGCAGACCUGGAGAAGGUAACAGACUACGAAGAAGAUAAGGACGAGGUGGGAACUGGGAAUGUUGACCAUCUCAAGGUCCAAGAACAAGAAGUGGUGUCGUUGCGAGCUGAAGACAUCUCCUUCUUGAUGAAGGCGUGCGAGUUGAGCAGGGCCUACGCCGAGAAGAUUCUGAUCGAUGCCAGAGGACAGCUGAAGGUGGCGCUGCGGAAUUUCGUCAGUUCAUGA